CCGCCAUUGUCGAGCGAACGAAUCCGCGUGAAAUGAAACCCCCUCCCGUCAUUUCCUCUCAUUGGCCCAUUCCCGCUGCAGUUGUCUCGCGAGCAACGUGCUUCGCUUUUUAAAAAUAAUCGCAAUUUUUUAAUUAGGAACAAUGAUUGGCCAAAAUACUUUGUUCAGUGAUUAUGGAUAUGGAAGUGGCAGUUCAUCGAAUCAUACAUCAUGGCCGUCAUCUGGGGAGUCGUGGUCGCCUCUCCAGGCUCAGCCGAGAAACGACCUCAAGCCUACCGAGCAGAAGCCUGCCAGCUUCCAGGAUCUGGUGACGGGCAAGUGUACUCUGGAUGACAUCAUGAAGGACUUCCAGAUGAACGGCCAGGACUUGCCCUAUCCUUCCUACGAAAGCAUUUGGAGUCCCAACGCAGCUGACAGCCUAUCAGGCAUGGGUCCCUCCAGCGUGUACUUGCGUCAGAAGUCGUGGCCAUCAGCGGAGAACUCGCCCGCGCCGCGCCUGCAGCGCCCGCGCUCCGAAUGGAUACCGUCCACCACUGCUGCCGAGUUCAACUCCAACGAGUUCUCUACAUCCACGCCUUUUGAAGUUGAAGGCCUAUCAGGCUUGGAUCCUUCUAGCGCGUACUUGCAGCAGAAGUCGUGGGCACCGGCAGAGUCCCCGGUCGCCUUCCGUCCGGCACGCCCGCGCUCCGAGUGGCUGCCGUCCAAUGACUAUACUAUUUCCCCGCCAGCUGAAGAAGUGGGAUCAGUUGGAGCAAACGCGGAUACUCUGACGGCGGAGCACCGUCGCGUGCUGAACUCGCUGCCUGACAGGGUGCUGUUCCCUUUGCUGCAGAUACUCGAACAGGAAAGGGCCGUAGAGAAGCGCUUCAGGCGUCAAACUGAGUGUCGCUUCUGCAAGAACAACGGCGAGCGCGAGAAGUUCUACACGUCGCACAGCCUGCGCGACGCGGCCGGGCGCGUCACCUGCCCCGUGCUCAGCGCCUUCCGCUGCCGCCGCUGCGGCGCCACCGGGGCAAGAGCACACACCGACACAUACUGCCCGCUCGCCACGCCCGACGAGCGCAUGAAGUCAGCCGCCAUGAUGCGCAGCGUCCGGAUGGCAUCGGGGCGGCGCCGCGGUGCCGCGUCGCAAGCCGACUACGUGAUGUUCGGCGACGCCACGCCGUCGUGCCUCUCCGACAAUCAGGUGUACUCCACCUUCGCACAGACCGCUCCUCUCGACCCUCUGUGGGCCGCUUUAGAGCAAAAACUAUCCAUUUAAUCAUUUAACACUCACCUAAGUACCCACUGCCGAGAUCAUAACAAAAAUAAACUGAGUUUUAUUUAACAACUGUUAACAAGCUCGGCAUUAGGCUACUUGGGUACAAAGCAGUUGAUUCAUUCGCGGAUAGAUGGCGCUGUGCUCAAUCAAGGGGGAUAAUUUUGAAGAUUAUAUUUUUUUGUUCUUUGUUAUUAAAUUAGUAAUACUGAGUGAUAUACUGUACUACAAAUGUUUAUUAUGUGUUGACGGUUCUUUGAGUCAUGAUAUUUGAUACUUAAGAUAAAGUGAUAUUAUAGUUUGAAGGUCAGUAAUAUAAGGUAGUGUUCUAAACAAAUAGAUAAUUUGAAAAUACUACCAGUGAUAGUUUUAUAAUUAUGAUAACUGCCUAUAGUGGUAGAAAAGUUCCUUCUUUUUUGUUUAUUGCAGUUAAAGGUUACUGCUUUAAAACGGUAUUAAUUAGAGAAAUUGCUUAGGUUUUAAGUAUGACAUUUUUACGUGUUUCAACGCAUAAACUUAUGAAAGCCUACCUGUGCUACAUCUUCAUUAAAUGAAGAAAUGAUGAAAGCAAAAAGAUUAAUCAUAAAACAAAAUGUAACACACAUGCGGAUAUUUUUCAGACUCAAUAAAUUGUACAUGUAUGAAUACUUGAGAUAUACAUUUUCAUUUAUCAAAGCUAAUGCAUUGAGAAUAAAAUGUUGGUGAAGUAUGCGGCAGUACAAAUAUUGGGUACUAUCAGAAUGAAAAUCAAUAAACAUUUUUGUAAUAAAAUUAAGUGCAUUGAGACAAUAUGACUCGUCUCCAAGUAUUAACUUAGGAAUGUGAAUAUCAAUCAGAUCGAAAUCUAAAACUAUGUUCUACUGUAUCAAUUUAUUUUUUUAAUAGCUAAAAUAUAAAAUCUGACUUUUACAGGCUUAUUCAAAUAAAGUGGAAUUUUGACAGAAAUAAUAAAAUAUUAAGUUGUUAAUAAUUUUUUAAUAAAUUAUUCAACUUACUAAUUAAUUUGUUGGAUCCGGGUUUUCCUAAUAGAUUUGUUGGUAAAACAUUAUUUCAUUAAUAGGCUUAUAUCCGCAUGUCAUAAUAUUGAUAAUUAAUUUUGGUAAAAAUAUAAAUUAGUUUUUUGACUUUGACGAAUAAUUUGUCAUGGACUGGCUAUGAUAUUAUAUUUUUACUAGAUAAUCUAGAAUUUUAUUUCGUUGAUUUUGUAUUUUUAUGUUAUGAUAAUACUGUUAUAAACUUUAUAACUAUUUUUGUUACUUAUAAAUUGGUGGUGGUGUCUUUUGGGU